CAUUAAUCUAAUUAAGAAUGAGUUGUGAACAAAAAUAAAUCUUGAUAAGUUAUUCUGAUUAAUAUAGGGAUGAUUUUUAUGAUUACAGAAUUGUAUAUUUAGAUCAAAAAGUAUUAUAAGAGAUUCCCGCAAACAAAAGAGGUAUUUUGAUACAUAAUAAUUUAAGGAUUUUUGUUAAGAGAGCCAGAGUGGAGAGAUUUAGGGAUAAAAUUAUUUAAGGGUUGGUGCAAUUAUGAUGUACAUUAUCCAGAUCCAUAUAUUCUAUUUUUUAGAAAGAGAGUAGAUCCAAGAAUUUAAGAAAGGAAAAGUUAGCAAAUUAAAUGA